GGGCCCACCCUUUACCCAAUUUCCCACACAUAAAUACGAUAAAUAAAUCAAAACCCUAGCAUUUCAAUUUCCCCUCUUCCAUACGAUUGGCUCUAAAUCUGCUAUCAUUUCUAUCCAAAUUCAACACUUUCGCUUCGCAAUUACAUCUCCUCCAUCAGGAUUUGUUUAGACAGUUUCUCUGUUUGAUAUCGUGCUCUCACGAUCUGCUUUUACAUCGGCGUGAGAGAUUAGCUAGGACUUCUAGCUUGUUGUGGUUAUGGCGUCGAAACGUAUUUUGAAGGAACUGAAAGAUUUGCAGAAGGAUCCUCCAACGUCAUGCAGCGCAGGCCCAGUAGCUGAAGAUAUGUUCCAUUGGCAAGCAACAAUCAUGGGACCCAACGAUAGCCCAUAUUCUGGAGGUGUCUUUCUUGUUUCAAUUCAUUUCCCUCCUGAUUAUCCUUUCAAGCCUCCCAAGGUUGCAUUUAGGACUAAGGUGUUCCACCCAAACAUCAACAGCAAUGGCAGCAUUUGCUUAGAUAUCCUCAAGGAGCAGUGGAGCCCAGCUUUAACAAUCUCCAAGGUGUUGCUUUCGAUCUGUUCUCUGUUAACUGACCCAAAUCCUGAUGAUCCUUUGGUGCCUGAAAUUGCUCACAUGUACAAGACUGACAAGUCCAAAUAUGAGGCCACUGCUCGUAGCUGGACACAAAAGUAUGCCAUGGGAUGAUAAUGAUUGCAAAAACUCUGUUUUUUUCAAUGUGGCUGGAAGAAGAAGAAGCAUAAUAAAGUGUUAGUGAGAUUUCAUCUUUUUCUUUUUUUAUGGUUAAUGUGUUUGUUAAGAAGCUUGGUAAGGCAUUAAACAAUCGUCUCAAUUUGUGUAUAUUUGAUUCGGAAGAAAGGGGAAAAACUAUCGUCCUGUAAUGGUGAAAUUUGCUGUUGUUUUCUCCA